GCUCACAGAGGGAUUUUGCGCGGUUGAGUGUGAGCUCCGCCCCUGCAGCAGAGCCGAAGAAGCCAGAAUCCGGGAGUCUCAGCCCCUCUCUUCACAAUAUUUGAUUAGGAAUUUGGGGGCGGGCCCCUGGCCUGGCACAGACACCGACACUCUCGGUAGACACUCUCACUCCUGCUCUCUCUCACACACACUUUCUUCAACCCCAGGAGGCCAGACACAGGGACACGGUCACUCUCUGAAAGGUUCAACUCCAGAGAGACAAAAUGCAGUGGGCCUCCAUCUUGCUGCUGGCAGGGCUCUGCUCCCUCUCCCAGGCCCAGUAUGACGAAGAUCCCCAUUGGUGGUUCCACUACCUCCGCAGCCAGCAGUCCACCUACUACGAUCCUUAUGAGCCUUACCCUUAUGAGCCCUAUGAGCCUUACCCUUACGGUGUGGAGGAAGGUCCAGCCUAUGCCUAUGGCUCUCCACCCCCACCAGAUCCCCGAGACUGCCCCCAAGAGUGCGACUGCCCACCCACCUUCCCCACGGCCAUGUACUGUGACAACCGCAACCUCAAGUACCUGCCUUUCGUCCCCUCCCGCAUGAAGUAUGUCUACUUCCAGAACAACCAGAUCUCCUCCAUUCAGGAAGGCGUCUUCGACAAUGCCACUGGGCUGCUCUGGAUUGCUCUCCAUGGCAACCAGAUCACCAGUGAUAAAGUGGGCAGGAAGGUUUUCUCUAAGCUGAGGCACCUGGAGAGGCUGUACCUGGACCACAACAACCUGACCCGGAUGCCCGGCCCGCUGCCUCGAUCCCUGCGGGAGCUCCAUCUCGACCACAAUCAGAUCUCACGGGUCCCCAAUAAUGCUCUGGAGGGGCUGGAGAACCUCACAGCCUUGUAUCUCCAACACAACGAGAUCCAGGAAGUGGGCAGUGCGAUGAGGGGCCUCCGGUCAUUGAUCUUGCUGGACCUGAGUUACAACCACCUUCGGAGGGUGCCUGAUGGACUGCCCUCAGCCCUUGAGCAGCUGUACCUGGAGCACAACAACGUCUACUCCGUCCCUGACAGCUACUUCCGGGGGUCACCCAAGCUGCUGUACGUGCGGCUGUCCCACAACAGUCUCACCAACAAUGGCCUGGCCUCCAACACCUUCAAUUCCAGCAGCCUCCUUGAGCUGGACCUCUCCUACAACCAGCUGCAGAAGAUCCCCCCAGUCAACACCAAUCUGGAGAACCUCUACCUCCAAGGCAAUAGGAUUAAUGAGUUUUCCAUCAGCAGCUUCUGCACCGUGGUGGACCUCAUGAACUUCUCGAAGCUGCAGGUGCUGCGUCUGGACGGGAACGAGAUCCAGCGCAACGCAAUGCCUGUGGACGCGCCCCUCUGCCUGCGCCUGGCCAGCCUCAUCGAGAUCUGAGCGGGCCUCGCACUGGGCUCGGGGCCUAGAGCCUCACGCCCCGCUGCAUUUGGCUUGAUGAUUUGGUUUGGCUUUUGCUGGAAGGUCUAAGACAGACCACGUGACAGAACUCCAUGGGCUCCCCUGUAGUCUUCUUCCCUAUAGUCAGGGUCAAGUGGGAUGAGGGGACAGGCAGCCUUCUGCUGAAGGACAUGGCCCAAACUCUCUUUUCCAGGACCGAAGUGGCGGCAGAGGGAGUAAUCCCUGACAGUCCCAAUGUCAGACACCUUACUACCCUAAAAUGCUUCCUGAUAAUCUAGUGUUGUGAACUUGAAAAGUUGCUUGAGCAUACUAUUGUACAUAACCUACUUUUCCAACAAUCCCUGACUCUCUGAGCAGCGCUUGACAGCUCUCCCACACGUCUGUCUGGUCAUGCAGUUCCUCUGGGCUUGCACUCGCUGCUCCUCAGAAUAUACCUCUUGCCCAAAUGCCUCCUCCUAGCUCCACCUCAUCCAUUCAACUUGCUCCACAGACAUCUCUUCUAUGCCUUUAGACAGAGGCAAAAGACCCCAAGGCAUGCGGGCAUCUGCCUGUGCAGAGAACCCACAUUUGUAUCUGAGGUUGGAAGGACACCCAGCAUCACCUCUGCAACUCCCUAGCCUCACACCGUGAAAGCCACCAGAUUAGUGAUCACCAGUAUGAUGACAAUAUUCAGGGCAUGAUGUGGGAGGAGACAACCAACUUGGGGCUUUGAUAAAUACAUGGGGCUAUACUUCAGCAGUCAGGCAGCUCUUUGAAGGUAAAUCAGAUUUCAAAAGAGGAAAGGUCAGACCAAAUCGACUGGACUGAGGAGGCAGCCCCAGUAGAUCCACUCUUGCCCAGCACUCUCCGCAUUGCCAACAGCUCCCUACUUGGGUCUUUAUCCUUAAAGGUGGACACCAUGUGGUUCUCAAAGCAUGAGAACAGUAGUUUGUCCUCUCCUCUUAUCCUUGCACGAAGGUCUGCAUCCUGCCCUGGACUUACCUGCUAGCCCAAAGGAGGAGGCUGUGUUUCGUCUGUAUUGAUUUGUCCCAGGGCCACAGUUAAUAGUACCAGUCUGGCUGGAGAAGCUCACUGGGUCCGUGAAGCCCAGGUGAGGCACCCAACUCUUGCCUGUGCUGAGCAUAAAACCUGCUUCCGCAUCUCUGAGCUACACCCUCAUUACUGAAGAUGCCUGUCGCUUUAUAGCUUAGCUGGUGAGCAUUAAAUUCUUCCAUUUCUGAAAGGUAAUGUUGCCUGGGGCCUAACCCUCCUUUUCUUUAGGGCACCAUGGGGAUGGAGCCAUCUGGGCAGCUAGCCCUAGCCUGGCCCCUGCCCAGAUGCCAUUAUGUCCCUAAUACUGCGUGCUUUGAAGUGGCUUCCUCAAGAAGUGGGAGUUGGGGGGUGAGGGUGGGGGUCCUUGGACUAUGUUCUUGGCUCUAGACCCUGAAAUCCAUAAAAGCCAAACCAUCUCAUUUCAACAAAGGAGCUCUGAUGUGAGGGGACGGCUGCCCCCGCCCCAGGGCUCUUCAGAAAGCAUCUGCAUGUGAACACCAUCAUGCCUCUAUAAAGGAUCCUUAUUACAGGAAAAGCAUGAUUGGUGGUUAACCUGACCAAUAAAGUUAUUUUACAAUUGCA